AGUAUCUACUGUGAGAGAAUGUACUAGUUGUGAGAGAAUGUAAGUAGCAGGUCUUAAUCUGUGGCAAUGCAAAAGUAUACAUAUAUGGUGAAAAUUUGAAAAUAGCAUGAUAUAUAGUACCAAAACUUUGUAUUACAAACGUAUGAUGUAUGAAAGGAAAUUUUGGAGGGAUGCUGAGACGAAUGCACACGUACUAAGAAGUUUAGCACUUGUACUACCAGUAGGAGGGCUUGGUUCAGUAAAAAUUGGGGUUCUUAUUUAAAGAAAAAAGAAAAUGGAGGUGUAAACCCAGACCGCUGCACAAUGUUUGAGCUUACCCAUGUCCACGACUCCGAAAAACCUCAUGAACCAAAUUCUAAACAAGCUAUUGCUUUAAUGAAGGACAAGAUUAACAAGAUGAAGACUAAAAAGAGGGCAUCCCAACUUCCAGAGGUUCUUAAUGAUUUUGAAAUCAAUGAAGUAUAUGCGUCUGUGCUUGGAAAAGAGACACGUGGAGGGGUGCGAGGAUUUGGCAUUGGAGUCAGACCAGAACAAGUUCCUGGUGUACUAGUGCAGAAAAAAGGUGUUCGUUUAGAGGUACAAGCACUUAGAGAACAACAUGAGGCCAAGAUUGAAAUGAUUCAUAAGGAGAGCCAAGAAAAGGAAGAUAAGCUUAGGGAGGAAAUGAACAAACAAACUGUGGCCACAAAAGAUAAAUUCAAAAAUAUGGAGAUUGCAAUGAAAAAACAGGAAGCUCUUAUGAUGGUAUUACUUGGGGCAUAUGAGUCAAGUGAUAUGCUUGCUGCAGCUUUAAGAACGAAGGGUGGUUCUCUCCAACCAUUGAUGAGCCACAGUCAAUCUUCAUAUGAGCAGAACUUGGACGAUGUUUACAUACCACAGUGCUCUGAAGAAUUUGAUAAGAGCACAAAGUACUUCAAGGACUGA